AUGUCUCAUUGGGGAAACUGUAUUUCCUGGUUUUUACCUAUCUUAAGCCUGAGUUUUUGUGGUUCUUUCAAACAGGAAAAACACAUUGAAUUGAAACUAGAUCACCUCCUACACUUGGCCACUCUCUCGGAUGUGGAUCAUUUACGUAAUAGUGUGCAAGCCCUUUCAAUUCCAAGGAUAGUUGAUACACCAGGACAUACCAAGGUUCGGGAUUAUAUAAAAGACUUCCUGGAGAAACUAAACUGGCAGGUGAAGUUUGAUAUAUUCACGGAGAAGGUACCCGUUUUUGGUUAUCUCACCUUUAAAAACAUUGUGGCCCGUCAGAAUCCCAAUGCUAAAAGAUACUUAAUGCUGGGCUGUCACUAUGAUAGCAAAUAUUUUCGGGAUUUCGAGUUUGUGGGUGCCACGGAUUCUGCAGUUCCUUGUGCCAUUCUCCUGAAUCUGGCCGAAGCUUUGAAGGAUGAGUUUAAGAAGUCAGAUCUCAGUUUGAUGUUUGUCUUUUUCGAUGGUGAGGAGUCCUUUAAGAAUAGGACGAAGGAGGAUUCACUCUAUGGUUCCAGACACUUGGCUAAACUUUGGUCUGAAAUAAACAUUCUAAGUCGCAUUGAACUUUUCCUUUUGCUGGACCUGAUCGGUGCUCCGGAUACAUCCUUUAAGAUGUUAAUUAAUGGAACAUCAAGCUAUUACAACAGAUUGGUUGAACUGGAGAAACGGAUCAUUAGAACGGGAAUCCUGCGACGAAAGCAACAUAUUUUUCAUAUAGAACAUGGCCAAGAUGUCGGUGACGAUCACUUGCCAUUUUUGGACCACCAUGUGCCAGUUGUUCAUCUCAUAUCGAAAAAAUAUCCUAAAGUAUGGCAUCAGCCCGAAGAUGUGGAACAAGCCAUAGAUUAUAAGAUUGUUGAGCAAGUAGAUCUUGUUUUGCGAAUGUUUGUAGUUGAGUAUAUUAAUUCUAAAGCUUAUUGGAAAUCUUUUUUACUAAACAGAACUUAA